AUGGAUGAUCGAGCUGCAGAUCAUGGGGUUAAAAACAUGGAAAAAGAGUCUGUUUCUAAUGAAACAUCAGAUUUAACAGCCACAAAACCAAACAAACUCUUUCUCAAGUUCAACUUCUCCAAGGACCAGCAUACUUGUUCCGUAUGCAGCAAAGCCUUUACCUCAGGAAAGGCAUUGGGAGGACACAUAAGGAUCCACAUGAGGGGCAGCAAAAGUGGUCGCCAUAGAGAGAUUGCCAAGCUUCAGCCGAGAAAUAUUCGUCGUGCCAAGGCUAAGAAACGGAUUUCCAAAAAUAUGGUCUUGCCAAAAGCUACGGAUGGAGCUGUUGAUCCGCCCUUUAGUGAUGAAGAAAGUAAUGAAAAAGCCAGUUGUUGCAUAUGUAACAAGGAUUUCAGGUCAAUGAAAUCUUUGUUUGGGCACAUGAGGAACCAUCCUGAGAGGGGUUGGAGAGGGAUCAAGCCACCUCCUUCUGACAAAAACAGCUGUUGUUCGAGUAUAUCCGAAAACGAUAAAGCUCUAGAAGUUGAUCAGAAUCAUCAGAUUAACUGUGCAACAGAAAAAGACUUGGUGUCAGGUUCUGAUCUGUUAAAGUCUCUUCCGAAAUGGACUAACACUGCCAAGCGAUGCUGGAAAUUCACCUCUGAUGAGAAUGAGAUAUCUGAGGCCGCCGAUUGCCUUGUGAAGCUAGCUCGAGGAGACUCUUUUAAUUUGGGUCAGUCAAGUGUUGGAUACCAAAGAAAAUAUUCACCAACAGAUAAGCUGCCGAUACAUAAAACUCGAUAUUGGGGCUUGGCAAAUAAAGCUUCAGAGGAGAAAAGGGGCAGUGUUCUAGGUAACGAAAUAGGUAAGGAGACAGGAAAGGCUACGUUGAAAACUGAGUCGGAUCAACAGAGAGUUCCUUCUGAAUGUAAACGGGAAGAUUCAUACUCUCCUGGAGAAGAGAAAAAGAUGGGGAAGUUUUUAGCGAUAGAGCUCAAUUGCGGUAAAUUUAUCAAUAGGAAAACGAUGGAGAGGGAAAAUAAGAUGAAGGUGAAUUAUGCAGAUAACAAGAUCAUCGAAAAGAAUCGUUGGUUUGAUCAAUUUCAGAAGUACCCCAUAAAGCCUGAUGAAGAAGAGGGUGAUCCAUCGACCGAGGAAGGUAAAGACAGAGGCAGGAACUUCCCAAGUAGCCAAACACCUGGUUCUUACCCUAAAAACGGCCCUGGUGAAAGGCUAUUUGAAGCUCCACUGAAUGAAACGGCAUCAACGGCCGAGGGCAAACACCUAUUCCCCAAAACAGCUAGUCAGGCGGCUGAAGGCAGUCAGGUUUUUACCCCCAAGAUACUAGAUUUUGAUCUCAAUGAACCUUAUGUGGCUCUAGAUGGUGAGGCUGCAGGAACUUGGAUGAACUGA